AUGCUGCUCUCCUUCGUCCUUUGUUUUCUACUUUCUUCACUUACUUCUGCAGAUCAGUGCCCAUCUGGUGGCGUAUUCAACGCCCAGUUCGACAAGUGUUAUGUUUUCUCAACAACUCCGGCUCCAUACGCAUUGGCUGAGCAGGACUGUAUCAACCAGGGGGGUCACUUGGUCUCAAUAGUGAACGCCUUUGAGAAUGAUAUCGUUUCAGAUAACACAAAAUCGGCUUUGGUUUCAACAAAUUCUACCGAUUUUUGGAUAGGAGCCAACGACUUGGUCACCGCAGGAAAAUGGGCCUGGACUGAUGGCACGAAUUUUCUAUACACAAAUUGGGCGCCAGGGCAACCACAGACUGGAAAGGAUUGUGCAUCGUCUCGUUUGAGCGAUGGACGAUGGAUGGCAAACGACUGUCAACUUGCGAAGGCGUACACUUGUUCGGUGCCACCACAGCUGCCGUUCACCUGCCCACCACCACCGACUUGUCCACCUGUAACAACCGCUGCUCCAGUUGUUUGCACACCCCGUCAAUGUACACCACAUUGUGACUCUGAAUGGACCUACUUUUCACAAACGAACUCUUGCUUCAAGCUAUUCUUCGGCCAAAAAUGGGACGACGCAGAAGCGUUCUGUGUGGAACAAGGCGGCCAUCUCGCAUCAGUCCAUUCGGAACAAGAAAAUACCUUCGUUGCCAAUCUUGCUAGGACCAACAAAAAACUCACAGAUCCUGAUGAGUUGACUUGGAUCGGACUUCACGCCGUCGGAAAUGAGUGGAAGUGGACCGACAAUACCAAAACAGAUUAUAUCAAUUGGGCCCCAAAGCAGCCUGAUAAUCCAGGAAAGGAGAACUGUGUAGAGCUGGCACAGGACCCAUCCGAUCACGGUUGGUACGAGAACUGGAAUAACGAAAAUUGCAAUACCGUAAUGCGUGCCUUCGUGUGCAAGAAAAAUUCAAUUGUUUAG